AUGGCGGGUGGUAGCAUUCCAGUCGGGCCUGGAGGUGUGGCCAAGGAUUACAGAGGCAAAGUCACCUCCUUCGUCGUCUUCACCUGCAUUAUAGCAGCCACUGGUGGCCUUAUAUUCGGCUAUGACAUCGGCAUCUCAGGAGGAGUGACGUCCAUGGAUGUGUUCCUCGAGAAGUUUUUCCCUUCGGUGUACAGAAAGAUGCACCAAAAUGCCGCUAGCACCAACCAGUAUUGCAAGUUCGACAGCCAGUUGCUGACCAUGUUUACGUCUUCCCUCUACCUGGCUGGGCUCGUCGCUUCAUUCUUCGCUUCCUCCGUCACGAGGAUGUUCGGGAGGAAGGUUUCCAUGAUAUCUGGUGGGCUCACUUUCCUGGUCGGAGCAGCCAUUAACGGGGCUGCCAUGAACGUCGCACUGCUCAUCGUCGGCCGGAUUUUGCUCGGAUUUGGCGUCGGAUUCGCUAAUCAGUCCGUUCCUCUGUACCUGGCGGAGAUGGCACCAGCCAAGCUGAGAGGAGCCCUCAACAUAGGCUUCCAACUAUUCAUCACCAUCGGCAUCCUUUCUGCCAACCUCGUCAACUACGGCACCAACAAGAUCUCCUCCGGUUAUGGGUGGCGCGUCUCCCUCGGCCUCGCCGCCGUGCCGGCCAUCAUCAUGACCACCGGCGCGUUGUUCCUGCCGGAAACCCCCAACUCGCUCCUGGAGCGCAACAAGCACGAAGCCGCCGUGGCCAUGCUCCGGAAGGUCCGGGGAGUCGACGACGUCUCGGAGGAGUACGCCGACCUGGUGGCAGCCAGCGAGGCGUCCAAGAAGGUGGAGCACCCGUGGGCGAACAUCACCAAGAGGAAGUACAGGCCGCAGCUGAUCAUGGCCGUCAUGAUCCCCUUCUUCCAACAGCUCACCGGCAUCAACACCAUCAUGUUCUACGCCCCCGUCAUAUUCAAGACCGUCGGCCUAGGCUCCAACGCCUCCCUCGUAUCGGCAGUCAUCAGCGGCGGCGUCAACGUCGUCGCCACCUUCGUCUCCAUCUUCACCGUCGACAAGUACGGCCGCCGGGCCCUCCUGUUGGAAGGAGGCGUCCAGAUGUUCGUCUGCCAGGUGGCCGUCGCCGUCCUCCUGGGCGUCAAGUUCGGGGUCUCCGGCACCGGAUCCAUGUCCACCGGCGAUGCCUGGCUGCUCCUCUUCUUCAUAUGCGCCUACGUCGCCGCCUUCGCCUGGUCGUGGGGACCGCUCGGCUGGCUGAUUCCCAGCGAGAUCUUCCCCCUUGAAAUCAGGUCCGCCGGUCAGAGCAUCAACGUCGCCGUCAACCUCCUCCUCACCUUCUUCGUGGCUCAGGUGUUCAUGGCCAUGCUCUGCAAGUUCAAGUUCGGUUUCUUCUUCUUCUUCGCCGGCUGGGUCCUCAUCAUGACCGUCUUCAUUUACUUGCUGCUGCCGGAGACGAAGAACGUACCCAUCGAGGAGAUGAGCACGGUGUGGAGAAGGCACUGGUUCUGGAAGAAGGUCGUUCCUGCUGCAGCCGAUGAAGAAAAAGAUGAUAAUAUUGACGGAAGUAAGAAUGGCGUUGUAAAUGUAUAGACUCGCACCUCGCGGUGUGACGAUGACGAUGAAGAUGGAGAUUAUGACAAUGGUGGAAGACCAAUGGCAUUGGAGAGACUGAGAGAAUACUCUAGACUGCGUCUCAUCUGCUUUGUCUUCUACUUUUAUAGGAUUCAAAUUUUGAGUCCCUUUUAUUUGAUACUAGAGAAGUCAUUUGGUUCUUUCGUGAUUAGGCUUUAGCCUUUUUUCA